AUUGAUUGGUCGAUCUUGCUCUUUGCCCGUGGUUCUGGACUAUGGGGAAUCUUCGCAUAUACUUGCUUUCCCGAGCUUUAGUCUAAUUUUCGAUUAGUUCGAGAGAGUGUCUAUGCUCAAAAUUUUAUAUCUUCAUUUGUUUGCUAAUUUUUUUACAAUCGGUGGCAUUGAUAUUGCAGCUCAUAUCUAAUACAGCACACCACCACCUAUUACAUACCAUCAAAACAACCAUCCCCAAACCUCUACCACAAACACAAGAUCAAAAUGGUCUCACCAAUCCCCACCCUCCUAACAACCCAAUUCCUCCUCUCCCACCUCCUCCAAUCCUCCCGUCUCCCCAAACGCUUCCUCCACAAAACCUCCAACGUCUCCCCUCGUCAAGAUCUCACUCAUUUCCCCACCAAAGAUCUCUCACAGUCAACUAUCAACAUGUUAUUACGCUGGGAAGCCGCACAACAAAACGCUAUGGAUAAUUUCCCCAUCUUUGUUGCUGCUGUCCUAUUUGCUAGUUUUAAAGGUGUCUCUGAGGAUACUGUUGCGAGUGUGGGUUGGUGUUAUGUUGGGGCUAGAUUGGCGUAUUGGGUUAGUUAUGUGUUGGCUGAGAGGGUGAAGUGGAGUUUUCUUAGGAGUGCGUUUUGGUGGGUAGGGAAUGGGAUUUGUUUUUGGUUGUUGAGGGAAGGGGGAAGGGUUUGAGUUGAUGGCGGGAUUUGGGUUUGGGAGAGGUGUUAGAAGGGAAGGAUGGUGGUGAGGAUAGAAAAGGUGACAUUUGUGGAGGGAAUAGAUCUUAGAGAUUGAGCGGUAUGAAUAGCUGUAUAUAUGUAGAUACAGGGCUCUAGAGCUCCGUAUUGAUAAACAAAGUAUAUACAUCCUUUUCAGAUAUCCAAACCGCCAAACGCUCAUAAUACAAGUUUAAUCUUGAAUUUCGAGGUUCUACCUCACAUCUCUCAUCUCCCAUCUCUCAAAUUGUAAGGU